AUGGCCUGUGUUACCGGAGAUGAUACUGGUAUUAUUAAAAUAUGGGACAUCUCAAAAAGCAGCGGUGCAACGCUCAAAUUCGCUUUUGGGGAGCAGAGCCGGAGACGAGCCAUCAUGGGCAUGUGUUGGCAAGAUAGUAGCACCUCGUCUGUAGCCUUCUCCUCCAAUGACGGCGUGCUCUCUGUGCUUGAUAUAAACGAUCAAGUGAUCACUUCUUCUGCGAAGGUGAAUUGUGUUGCAGGCUUACCAAACGCCAUGUCGUUUGUGAAGGGCAAACUUUUUCUUGUUUCGAAGGAUGGUGUGGCAAAUGUUUUCAGUAGUGAUCUCACAGCGUCUAGCUCUUUUGUGGGUAAUGGACCGAUCGAUACGUUGCAUAUUCACCGUAAAUUUGGGAUGGUUGCGAUGGGUGGCAGAGAGAAUGAUCUACGUGUCUACGACCUAGCUUUGGAGACCAUUGAGAUCCCUGUUUUCAAGGCGCGAAACGUUCAAGACCACAUUUUAGAUGCGCCAUACCCGGUGUUCGUGACGGGUGUGUGUAUUGUGAACCCGUAUGUUUUUGCCACGUGCACUGCAUAUCACCAGGUAAGAUUUUACGACCGGCGUUCGAAUGACCGACCAGUGCAGGAAUUUGAGAUCAGUCGUGAAAUCGAACGACGCCCAACGACGAUGAUGCAGUGGAAUACAAACAAGUUUCUGAUUGGUGAAGCCAGUGGUGAUGUUCACUUAUAUGACACUCGGCGCGGUUUCAGCUCCCGCGCCAAACUGCGUGGCGGUGUCGGUAGUGUAAGGUGCAUGUCUAAGCAUCCUGCUGGCCAUCAAAUUCUAGGUGUCACAGGCUUGGACCGCAAAGCUCGGCUUUACCACGUACCGACAGGAAAGCUGCUUCUCUCAAUUUACGUCAAGCAGAAGGCUAAUUGUCUGCUUCUGGACAAGCAGCUCCCAAUGAGAGAUAAUGUUGCGUCCUUCAGCGCUAUUGUGAACACGAAGCAGCCCGAAAAGGCAAAUACUUUAGGAGAUGCUAUUUGGGAUGAUAUGGACCCAGUGCUGGACGAUCUCGAUGAAAAACGUACUGUAGUGGAUGCAGGUACUGAGAACAGGCGUAAAGUUCAGCGAAAAGAGUAA